AGACAUUCGGACUGUCCCACAAGCUUUACCAGCUUUAUUUACUUAACUGCAACACACGCUCCUUUUCUAUACUGAAUAAUCUCAUAUUAGAUGCUAUACUAUCGACACUGACUGAAUUCUAACUCAAACAAAAGGAACCAUAAUCAUGUAUACUUCCACACAACUUCUCAAUUAUAGAAAACUCAUAUACCACAACUCAAACAAUUUUUUCCAUUUUCAAAUUUAUCUCUUUCAUUUUUUCACUCUUCAAAAUUAAUCAAAACUGACUGUGGAAAUAGUUGCAAGGGUGAUUCCGUGUCAUCCAUCUCUUCCACUAUUCCAUCAUCCAUCAUCGUCAGUAUUUACUUGUUGCCUCUCCCUCGAUUUGAUCGUUCCUCUCUCUUUCUCUCUCUUCUGAGAAGUCAGAUUUGAGAAAGAAUUGCGCUGUUUGUUUCUCUCUCCUGCUUUUCUUUGCCAGUGGCGCAGUGCAGGAAACGAGGGGGAGAGUUUCAUUGGGAAGGUAAAAUCCACCCUUUCUUUGCACCAUUCCCUCAGCCAUUUACAUCACCAUCCACCACUCUCUUCUUUUCUUCUACUACAACAAACCCCAGUCAGUUUAUGCGUGCAUCUUUCCCUUUUUCUCUCUCUCUACUCAUGCUCCACUGAAUGCUUCAAUGGGUGGUCGUAAAGGUUUAUAAGACAGACCCAACACCCGUUUUUCCAAGCAAAAUUGUGUAGAUUUUGUCAGGAAAGAUAAAAAAACACAACGCCCUUCCACUUCGUGCAUCAGACCAGAACUACAGCACCAAGGUCACUGUUUUGGAUUUUUCUGUAAAAAGCCUGAAACUUGAAGCAUAAAAUCCGGGGGAAACCUGAAGACAACUCAUCUCCGGAGCAAAAGUAGAGGGAGAGGGAAAAAGGAGAGAAGGGUUUAGUAUUUUUUUUCCUCUUCAUGUGAUAAGGCCGAGGUUGUAAAUUUUUUAAUAUAAUAGGUUGGGGAAACGGAUAAGAGUGUGGAUGGGUGUGUUUGUGAAUUGGUGAGGAGGCAAUGGAGGGUGGUUCUAACGAGGCUUCUAGUGUGAUGGGUUUUGGAGAGAAUACAAGUAGUAGUGGGGUUUGUCCAAUGAUGAUGAUGCCUUUAGUGACUUCUCAUCAUGGUGGACAUCAUCCAUUAAAUCCUAAUCUUAAUAAUCCCAAUCGUAAUCUUAAUGAAAACACAAACACAAACACUCUCUUCAUUCCCAUGCCUAGUACUAAUAACAAUCACCACCCAAACCGCAAUAGCAUCCACGACAUUAACCACAACACCAACACCUCUGAGUUAGGGUAUUUCAUGGAGAUCCACAACCGCAACACGAACAACAACAACGAUGGAAGUUCCUCCUCUUCUUCUUCCGCUGUGAAGGCCAAGAUCAUGGCCCAUCCUCACUAUCACCGUCUCUUGGCAGCCUACGUCAAUUGUCAAAAGCAGGUUGGGGCGCCACCUGAAGUGGUGGCAAGGCUAGAAGAAGCAUGUGCAUCUUCUGCAGUGACUAUGGCAGGUGGAACUGCUAGAAUCGGUGAGGAUCCGGCGCUGGACCAGUUCAUGGAGGCUUACUGUGAGAUGCUGAUCAAGUACGAGCAAGAGCUCUCCAAACCCUUCAAGGACGCCAUGCUCUUCCUUCAAAGGAUCGAGUGCCAGUUCAAAUCUCUUACUAUUUCUUCUUCCGACACUGCUUGUAAUGAAGGUGGUGAUAGGAAUGGAUCGUCUGAAGAAAUUGAUGUACAGAACAACAUAAUAGAUCCACAGGCAGAGGACCAAGAACUGAAAGGUCAACUGUUGCGUAAGUAUCGGGGAUACCUAGGUAGUUUGAAGCAGGAAUUCACAAAGAAGAGAAAAAAGGGGAAGCUGCCGAAAGAAGCAAGGCAACAAUUACUUGAUUGGUGGAGCAGACACUACAAAUGGCCUUACCCAUCUGAAUCUCAGAAGCUGGCGCUUGCAGAAUCAACAGGGCUGGAUCAGAAGCAAAUUAACAACUGGUUUAUUAAUCAAAGGAAACGGCACUGGAAGCCUUCUGAGGACAUGCAAUUCGUGGUGGUUGAUCCAAACCAUCCACACUACUACAUGGAAAAUGUUCUUGCCAAUCCCUUUCCCGAUCUCUCCCACACAAUGCUCUAGAAAACCUUUUCCUGCCUUUCUGUUCUGUCAAAAUGCAAGCAAGGCCUUAUUGAUAUAUAAUAAGUAUCUUACUUUACUCGGUAACCAUAUUUACACUCUCAAAAAGGAUUUACCUUUUGCACUUGUAAUAUUAAGUCCUUAUUCAGUAAUUAAUUUUCUCCAGAAAAUCUGCAUCUUCAUACAAUAUUGUUGGCCUCGUAAAUUGUCUUAAAAGAAGUAUUUAUAUAUACGGUGUUUGUUUUUGUAGUA